AUGGCCUCUCCUAGGAACUUCUCCUGGUUUGUGGAGGGUAAACUGGCGGGAAUGGGCUAUCCCGUGAGUGAGAAUAUUCUGUUUCUCGCCCAGGAGGGUAUUAGAACUCUGGUCAACCUAACUACAGUGGCUUCCCAUCCCUCCACCUAUGAAGAGGAUGCUAGAGCUCACGGCAUGGCGGUGCACUCUAUUGACAUACAGGACUUCACUCCACCUACAAUGGAGCAGAUUGAGGAAUUCCUCCGGAUAGUGGAAAAUGCAGAAAGUGGUGUUGGUGUGCACUGUGCGAUGGGUCGAGGUAGGACGGGGACCAUGCUGGCCUGCUAUCUGGUGGCCAGAGAGGGCUACACCGGAGACGACGCCAUUGCUGAGACUAGGAGGAGAAGACGAGGGUCAAUCGAGACCCGAAAACAGGAGCAGGCCGUCAGAAACUUUGCUGAGCACUUGAAAAACAAGGAGGGGUAGGUAGGCAGAGCUAUUAGACCACCGGUAACACUGUUUUAAAUACACAUAUUAUUACUGGUCAUGUUAUUUAUUUAUCAAAAGGUGGGUGUUUUGAAGUCGUUAAUUUAUUUUCCAGGGGUGCAUAAUUGGAUUUUUGUAGCAUUCAUUCACAGCAUAAAGUACUGUACGAUUUUUGUACGGUAAAAUAUUCAUUGUCAGCAGAAUUGGAGGAACGAAAAGAACGGAUGUU